AAAGAAAGUAACAACAAGAUACUCAGAUUAAAUUAUAAAUUAGGCGAUACCAAAUAAAAUUAUAAUACUCAAUUAGCUAAAUAUUGCGUAAAAAAGUUUAUAAAUUAGCAGAAAAGCAUGAACUAAAAGACUCGAAAUGAAUCUUAUUUAGAAACAUAAAAUUCAUAGUUAGGAGUGCCAAGCGUUUCUCUUAUUACUCAUGAUGAAUUCUAUGGUAAUCAGGCAAAAUCACAAUUAGAUGAUCAUAAUCCAGAAAUUAAUCAUUAUCAAACACCAAAUAAUAAAAAUAGCUUAAACCAAAGAAAAGCUACUGAUUUAAAACACAAGAAUUUGAAAAUACUUUAAGAACUUAAAGAGAUUUCAGAUUAACUUUAAUCAGCAUUGGAGAAACAAAAAAUACAAUAAAGGCAAAACGUUCAAUAUAAUUCAAAAGACAUUAGGAUAGCUUAGGAAUAAUAAGAAGAAAUUGAUAAAGCAUUCAGCAUUUUGAAUCUGUAGAAAAGAGACAUUGAACUUCUUGAAUAAUAAGUUCAACACUUAAUCAAUAAUGACAAAAGAGUUGAAGAGUUAAAUUAACAAUUGAUUGAUAAGAACAAAGAAAUAAAGGCUUUAGAGCAUGAAAAAAAUUACUUAAAUAAAGUUCUAGGAAAUGUUGAUAAAAUUAUGAAAGCUGAAGGCGUUAAAGAUUAGAAACUAUAAUAAGUUCACUCAGCUUAUAAGGAAGAGAUAAGAUUACUUAAAGAAAGAAUAAGAGAACUUGAAAACGUUCAAAGAUAAUCUGAAAAAAAUGCUAUGAAACUUCAUCAACAUUACAUGGAUUUGGAUGAAAAAUACAAACAAGCCAUUUCAAACUCUCCUUCAAUUUAAAAUAAGUCUCCUAAUAAAUAUAGAAACUCGUAAGGGGAAAACUCUUAUUUGCUGAUUGAAUCUGUAAAAAAUGAUUAUGAAGAUAAAAUAUAAACUUAUAUUUAAAAGCUCAAAGAUAAAGAAAAUGAAAGUAAAUCGCUUACACUUCAACUUUAGAAAAAAGAAAAUGAAGUUAGAGAUUUAAAAGUUUUGGUGAGAGAGUAUGAAAUACAGGUACAAAGAGAGCAAAGAGAUAAAGAGAUGAUAGAAAGUUAUAAUAAAAACCUUAGAGAAUAAUUAAAGAUUUAAGCUUAAAAAUUAUCUUAGGAAAGCCUAGCUUCAGCAUAGCAAAAUACUUAGCAAGGUAAAGAAAUAAUUAAGGUUCCUACAAGAUAACCAAGGACACAAACCCCUAAGAAAGAUAUUAUCAGCCCCUAUAAAUCCACAACUACACAAAUUCGAAAAGAUUAAAAAUAAACUUCUAACAGCUUAGAAAGGAAUGGCAACAAAAUUAAUUAUAAUAAUAGCAAUAACAAUGAGGAAAUCAAAAUUUAUAAAAGAGAGAACUCUUCUUCUAUUAAAAAGAAAACUAAUGGUUACCAUCAACAUACGAUGUCGAUGGAAAUUUAGCAUAGUAGAGAAAAUACAGAUAUUGAUUUAGCUGACAAACUAAAUUAAUCUGUACUGAAUGACAAUUAAAACAAAUAUUCAACACCUGGCACACCUCAAAAGAAAUUGUUUAUAAAAAGAUAGCUAAAAAGUCCUUCUAUAAUUAAUAGUGACUCAGUUAAUAACAGAUAUAAUAAUAGAUCGAUAGAUAGGAGGGAAACUGCAGGUUCAGCUAAUAACAGCAACAUAUUUUCUUCUAAUAACUCAAAUAGCAACAAUAAAACAUUUAAAAAAUCUAAUUUAUUCUCAUCAAAGCUAAGUACUAAAGACAAUGAAGAUUUAAUAAACUAACUCCACCCUCUUAGUGCUAGAAAUAGAAUCAAAGAAUUAUAAAAAAGUGAGAAUUUAAAUAAUGAAGUAAAUAGUAACAAAGAUGAUAAUAAUAAUAAUAUCCUUAUUGAAACUCCUUAUGUCAAAACCUUAAAUAGUAAAUAUUUAGCUCUUAAAAGCAACUAAAAUGAAGGAAAUAAUCCCAUAAAAACAGAAUUAAGUACAUUACUUGAAAAGAAACAAAAAGCUAAAUUAGACCUAGAAUAAUCUCCUAAAUCAAAUAAAAUGUAAUAAAUAGAUGAUAAAAAGGAUAAUACAAAUAGCCAAAGUUCAAAUAAAAAUAAUCUGGCAGGUCAAAUUCCAAGUGAUGUAAGCGAAUAAGAUUUAAAUCACACAUUUACUUAGUUUUAGAAAGAGGUGUCUCAAGUUGGUCUUGAAAAAUUUUUAGGAGAUGAAUAAACAUAUUUAGAUGCUCACAGAAGCUCUCCUGAUUUAACUAGCGGUAUGACAAACUAAAACUUAUAAAAGUCAACCUAAUUUCCAAAAGUAAAAAAAGAAGGACUUUAGAUAAAGCAAUAAUCAAUCGGAAAAGUUUAACCUCACAAUUAGAUUAUGUUUUCUGAUUAUGACUUUAUAACUUCUUAAAAUCCUUCUAAUCCAAUUUCUAUUGUUAAAGUUGUAGGUGCAAGAUUUUGGCUAUUCAAGCCAUCAAACAAAAUUAUGGGAUUAUAGAUAAAUUACUUAACCAAUUAAAACAAGUUAAUUUGGGGACCAGCAAAUGUACAUAUUUUUACAUCUAAUAUUACAGUGUAAACUAUGAAUUUAGCAGUUAAUUUUAAGGAAGGAGAUGACCCUGAUAAAUUAGAUUUUGUUAGUUUAAUUGGAUGCAGAUAUAAUAACGAAUACUCUUACUUAGAAAAUGUAACCUUUAUCACAAAUUCUGGAGUCGUGUAUAAUUUUGGAAAGCAUAAUCCAGACCCUAAAUAGCCAUUGAUAUAUUUUGAUAUAUAAUCUGAAAUUGAAGUGCCUUUCUCCUUAUUUGGCUCUAUCUCAAAAGAAUAUGAUCCAAUGUCAGGCAUUUUAAUAGGAACAAAAUUAUCAUAUUUUGGUUUCCAAGUAGCAAGUAUUGAUCAACUUAAAUAAAAAGCUCAAUCACCUCUUAAAUCAUCAAAACAUGUGCAGAGUGAUGGCAAUCUCAAUCCUCCAACAAAUUAGCUAAGCGUUUAAAAUGAAUAAGAUUUAUAAAAGUAAAACAAAUCUAACAAUUAAAAAAAUGAUGAAAAAAGCAUAUAAAAUAAUGAUGUAAAUAAAUAAUCAUAAAAUUAAAAUUAAAAAACUGUUUAAGAAAAUUCAAAUUAGUCUGAAUAACAAAAUAAAAAUUAGAAUUAGUAAUAAUAAAAUGUUCAUUAAUAAUAAUAGCAGCAUUCAAAUUAAGAAUAAAUCUAAAAAAACGAAGCUCAUUCAAAUACAAAAAAUGAAAUUGACAAGUAAAAUGAUUUACAAAGCCAAAAGACAGCAACAUUUUAUAAUUAAAAUAACAAUCCUUAACAAUAAGCAAACUAAAAUUCAAAUACUUAAUAAAAAAGUGAGUAAAAUAACAAAGGAAAUAGUCAAAAUUAAGUUAAAAAUUGA